CUUGCCAUGGGAUCUUGCCUGUGCGUGCGGAGAGGAAUCCUCCUUUAAGAUGGGUAAUAAGCAGACGAUAUUUACAGAUGAACAGCUGGAUGCCUACCAGGAUUGCACUUUCUUCACACGAAAGGAAAUCCUUCGGUUGCACGGCCGCUACCACGAACUGGCACCAAACAUGGUACCUAUGGACUAUACGAAGAAUCCAGAUGUUAAACUACCUAUGCAGCUUAUAGUGAACAUGCCAGAGCUAAAGGAGAACCCCUUCCGGGAAAGGAUUGUCCAUGCCUUUUCUGACGAUGACGAGGGGAGCCUCAGCUUCAAUGACUUUGUUGACAUGUUCUCUGUACUCAGUGAAACGGCCCCUCGAGAGCUAAAAGCAAUCUACGCCUUCAAGGUCUAUGAUUUUAACACAGACAACUUCAUUUGUAAAUCUGAUCUGGAAAAAACCCUCAACAAUUUGACAAAAGAAGAGCUCACAGAGGAAGAGGUGAGCCUGGUCUGCGAAAAAGUAAUUGACGAAGCUGAUAUGGACGGUGAUGGCAAGCUUGGAUUUUCUGAUUUUGAAAACAUGAUUUCCAAAGCACCUGAUUUCCUCAGCACCUUCCAUAUACGAAUCUGAAAAUGUUGGGCUGAGCUGCUGGGAAUAAUUUGAUGCCUGUCCUGCCUCUCUGAAUCUCAAGCACUGCGCGUGUUUGCAGGGGGAGGGGGCCUACAUGUCCGCCCCCUCCUCUGAAUUCUUUAACAGAGGAGUGAACAAAUCUCAGAGUAUCACAGUAA